ACAGGACUAUCUCUCCAGACCUGCACGGUAUCUCAACUCCAGGACUAUCUCUCCAGACCUGCACAGUAUCUCAACUCCAGGACUCUUCUCAGCUCUCUGUUUCCAGAGUUAAACACACCAAAUAAACAACUCCAACAUGAACGGCCACUGCAACGUAAAGGUCAACGACACCGUGGAGGAGUUCCACUGUAACAACAGCGACCUCCUCAUCGACAGCAAGAAGUCCGUCGUGCACCGCAAGCACGAGACGUCCCGCAAAAAGGACGAGGACCAGUCCCGCUUACCUGCGCUCGAGGCCGCCUACACGAGCAUCCUCCGGGAGCUGGGGGAGGACACGGACCGGCAGGGGCUGCUGCGCACGCCGCUGCGCGCCGCCAAGGCUAUGCAGUUCCUCACCAAGGGCUACCACGAGACCAUCGAAGAUAUCUUAAACAACGCCAUAUUUGACGAAGACCAUGAUGAGAUGGUGAUUGUGAAGAACAUAGACGUGUUUUCACUGUGCGAACAUCACCUGGUGCCAUUUUUUGGCAAGGUUCACAUCGGGUACAUUCCCAACAAAAGAGUGGUGGGACUGAGCAAGCUGGCAAGGAUUGUAGAGAUCUUCAGUCGUAGGCUUCAAGUUCAAGAGCGUCUUACCAAGCAGAUUGCUGUGGGAAUAUCAGAGGCUCUGCAGCCAAAAGGUGUAGCUGUGGUUAUUGAAGCAUCGCACAUGUGUAUGGUCAUGCGUGGUGUGCAGAAGAUGAACAGCCGCACAGUGACGAGCACCAUGUUGGGGGUUUACCUGGACGACCCCAAAACCCGGGAAGAGUUCCUGACUCUUUCACGCAGCCCCUAACAGACGUCAUUCACUCCCGGGCCUUUGUAACACACGGAAAGCUCUAGAGUAUCUUUGGAUUCUAAUCUGACUUGUUUAUUUGUAUUUACAAACCACUAGCAGGAAACAAGCUGCGGUUUGAUGCAGGGUCUCUGGAGCUCGCCUCUAUACACUGACGCCUGAUAGAUUUCAGUCCUGCUGCAGAAAUCCAUCACUGUGAACAUAAUAGGAAAUGUAAGACUCACAUUCUUGGUGCCUUUGGUAGAUAUUUUACAGUCUUACAUGGCAAUAUUGUUAUAAAGUAUGAAACCUAAUGUGUUAAAAUGUCAGAAAUUAAGAUGUUAUCUGUUUUUAAUUUGAAAUAUCAUUGGCGCUUUAGCUGUUACUCUUACACCCUUUCUUGCUUUAUUAUCAUAUUUAGAAUUUGUUGAUUUUAAACAUCAAAUGAUUUAUGUGUCAUUUAUUGAUACAUUCAUAAAGUCUUUGUAAUAUAUAACAUUUAUAAAGAUACUAAUUAUUUUAUCUGCUGUCCAAAGUAUAGAAGAAAUUAUGCACUGAAAAAAAAAGAUGACCAAUGAUGCAUGUAUUUGGAAGAUUCAUUGCUUUA